CUACGACCACGGUCCACCGUCAACCCCACCUUCUUUGCCGCCCAACCUGAGUGCAAUCUUGGACGGUCAGCAUCUCUUCUCCACUCCCUUAAAGCUGCCAAAUACUCGCCAGGACAACCUUCCACCGCCCCAAACAUACCAACAACUCCAAAUCGAACAUCUGCAAAUCAUGGGUUUGGCAAGCAAGCUCGCAGCCGCAGGCCCUCCGCCUGGCGCACCACCAGGCGCACCCCCAGGCGGAUAUCCUGGACAACAGAACUAUCAGGCUUAUCCAGGCCAAGCCGGUGGACCCGCCGCUCCGUCCAGCUCUCAACCACCUUCCAACCCGCCGAUUCCUCAACCUUAUUCUCAUGCUUCGUACACACCGAUUUCUCCUGUAGCACCACAACAUCCUCAGUCGUCGACACCCUCGCCCUAUCCUCAAUCGCAGUCCGGUUAUAAUAGACCCCCUCCGCCUCCUCCAGGCCAGCCCCAAUCUCCUUAUCCAGGACCGCCUCAGUCUCCUUAUCCAGGACCGCCUCAAUCUCCUUAUCCAGGACCACCUCAAUCCUCUUAUCCUCAGCAGACACCCCAAUCUCCCUAUCCAGGGCAAAUCCCACAGCGCCAGCAGACUUUUUCGCAGCCUCCGCCUCAGCAAGGCCAAUGGAAUCAACCUCAACAGCCGUAUCCACCACAGCAAAAUCAAUGGCAACCGCAAUCACCGUACGGACAGCAGCAGAAUUCCUGGGGUCAGCCGCAGCCGCCUUACGGUGCUCCUCCGCCUCAGCAGCAACAGCAGUAUGGCGGGCCUCCACAGCAGCAGUACGGUUCUGCCCCCCCUGGCGGUCCUCCUGGGCAAGCUAGCCCCGCCGAGAUUGGCGCGUACAAGCAGCUUCUGCUUUCUUGUAUUCAGGAGAAGAAGCUGCAAGGCUUUUACCCUCCAAAUUCCCCUGUCAUAGACCAGAUCGCACAGCGUGCUCCAGCAUUGAUCAAUCAGGUCAUUCAGCGCUGGCGCAUUGUGAAGGAGGUUGCGAACGAUAUCGUCAAGCUUGCGCUCUAUGACAUUGUGAUCUUUAUCGAUGACAGUGGCUCUAUGGCGUUUGAAGAAAGCGGCGAACGUAUCAAAGACUUGCGCCUUAUUCUGGAGCGAGUUGCCUUUGCUGCGACCUUGUUUGAUACGGACGGAAUUUCGCUUCGCUUCAUGAAUACCGAUCUCAGCCAAAUGCGUGAUCCCCAAGGCCGACCACUCCAGGACGGCGUGGCUUCUGAACAGCAGAUUGAGCAGAUCAUGCGUGGCGUACAGUUCAAGGGUCUCACUCCCAUGGGAACUUCUUUGCGCAGGAAGGUCAUCGACGAGAUCGUUCUCUCAAGGGCUCAGAGCCAGCAGCUCAAGAAACCUGUUCUUGUCAUCAGCGUCACUGAUGGCCAGCCCGCUGGCGAACCCCAGAACGCUGUCUUUGACACUAUUAAAUAUGCUGUCGACACUCUACAGCGCUACCCACAGUACGGAUCAGGUGGCAUUGCCUUCGAGUUUGCCCAAGUCGGCAACGAUGAACUGGCCAAGAAGUUUCUCGGAAAGCUCGACGAGGAUCCCGCAAUCGGAAAUCUGGUCGACUGCACCUCCAAUUUCGAGAACGAGCAAGACGAGAUGUCUCGUGCUAACCCGCCGGUGGACCUCACGCCUGAUCUAUGGAUUGUUAAGCUGUUGCUUGGUGCCAUCGACUCCAGCUACGAUUCCAAAGACGAAAAGACCAACGCUCCUCCACCACAAGGAGGAUAUGGCGGCCCUCCUCAACAAGGCUAUGGCGCUCCACAAUAUACUCCCCAGCAAGGAUACGGCCAACCCCCACAACAACCCUAUCCCCAGCAGGGCUAUGGUGCUCCUCCGCCUGGUCCACCUGGGCAAUAUCCUCCCCAACAAGGGCAGCCUCCCCAAGGACAAUAUCCUCCCUAUCCCGGCCAGCAUCAGCAACAAAAGCCUCCCCAAUCAGGCGGUUACCCCGGCCAGCCACAAUAUGGUGCACCUCCGCCCGGCCCACCUCCUGGAGGUCGCUACUAAGUUGAAGUGGCAUUGGAAUCGGGCGGUGAUUGACAUGUAUACGUUCUGGACAUGAUGUGGUGAAAGGGUUAAUGACUGUAUGACUCGGAGCUUAGUCUUCGUCUAGUCAAGAAUCGUAUGCCCCUAGUUUCAUCAGAGAAUAUAAGUGCGUGCAUGAAUACGUAAUAUCCUCGUCGUGUCGUGAUUUUGAAUGCAGUGGAUGUACAUAUGUACGUACACCUGCCUUGAUAUUCAUUCAUUGUCCCUCCGGCAUCAACAUGCCG